CAGCGGGGCGGGCGGCGGCGGCGGCCCAAGUCCGCCGGGGAUGGCUGGCGGGAGCGGGCGGCGGCGGGCAGCGGCGUGGGCCGCGGGCCUGGGGCUGUGCGCCGGGCUGCUGGCGCUGGUGGCCGCCGUGCUGCUCCGCGCCUACGCCCUGCGAGCCCCGGCCAUCCCGCGGCUGUGGGCCAGGCGCGGCGGCACCGCCGCCUUCAGUGCCGGUGAGAAGCAGGAGCUCAAGGAGGCGCUGCGAGGUGCUAUUAAAAUCCCAACUGUUUCCGUAUCUCCAGAGGACUUGAAUAAAACCGCCAUGGCAGAAUUUGGGAACUACAUUCAGGAAGUCUUCCCGGCUGUAUUUUCUUCAAAGUUCAUUCAGCAUGAAAUUGUUGGGAAAUACAGCCAUCUCCUUACUGUUCAGGGUUCUAACCCUGAAUUGAUGCCCUAUAUGCUGCUUGCACACAUGGAUGUUGUGCCUGCUCCCCCAGAAGGCUGGGAUUUUCCUCCUUUCUCAGCUGCAGAGCAUGAAGGUUUCAUCUAUGGACGAGGAACGCUGGAUAACAAAAACUCGGCCAUAGGUAUUCUGCAAGCUCUAGAGUUUUUGCUGAGAAGAAAUUACAGACCCCACAGAUCUUUCUAUGUUGGUAUUGGACAUGAUGAAGAGGUGUUUGGUCGGAAGGGAGCAAUGAAGAUUGCAGCUCUGUUGGAAGCUAGAGGAGUGAAACUUUCCUUCUUGCUAGAUGAGGGAAGCGCAAUACUGGAUGGCAUCAUUGCGGGAGUGGAGAAGCCAGUAGCUGUAAUUGCUAUCACAGAGAAGGGUUCAUUAACACUGAACUUCACGGUGGAAAAAGAGCCAGGACAUUCAUCCUUUCCUCCUAAGGAGACGAGUAUUGGCAUUCUCGCAGCAGCAAUGUCCAGGCUGGAGCAGAAUCCCUUGCGCAAUCUGUUUGGCCAUGGGCCAGAACUCAUGACUAUGGAGUACCUUGCAUCAGAGUUCAGGUUUCCUCUCAAUCUCGUCAUGAGCAAUUUAUGGCUGUUUUCACCUAUUGUUAGCAGAGUACUUGCCUGGAAGCCUUCCACCAAUGCCUUGAUUCGAACUACUACGGCAGUCACGAUGUUUAAUGCAGGAAUCAAGAUAAAUGUCAUCCCAUCCUUUGCAAAAGCAACUGUGAACUUCCGGAUCCACUCUGCAGAAAAGGCUGCUGAGGUGCUAGAGACAGUUAGAAACACUGUUGCUGAUGACAGAGUGAAGAUUGAUGUAGUGGAGGCCUUUGACCCACUCCCCAUCAGCCCUUGGGAUGACCAGACGUUUGGAGUCCAUAUUUUUCAAAGAACCAUUCUGGAUACUUUCCCAGAUGUUAACAGCGUAGUCCCAGGCACGUGUAUUGGAAACACAGACAGCAGGCAUUUCACUAACGUCACCAGCGCCAUUUAUCGAUUUAACCCGCUGCUCUUGAAACCAGAUGAUCUUCCCAGGAUCCAUGGGUUGAAUGAGCGAAUCUCCGUUGAGAAUUACGAGAAACAGGUCGAGUUCCUCUUUCAGCUGAUAAAGAACUGUGAUAUUGACAAGGUUCCGGAGCCUCACGCAAACUCCCAUGAGCUGUGAGAAACGUACCCGAGAAGAGCAGCUACUAAGGUGGACUCUGGGGUCUGGGUUGUAAGAGGCAGUUGUGUGUUGCGUAUUGAGCUACACCUGGAAUUUGCUAUUUGUAUUUUGUGGUUUACGUACAGAUGGAAAAACUGUGGGUUGCUAUGUUAGGCAAAUGUACAGUUUGCUGGGAAGUGAUAAGAACCUGGAGAAAACACGACAAAUAACCCUGAUUUCUGUUCAUCCCUCGUGCAACAUGCAGCCAUUAAGCUGAUGGUAUUAAUUUUUCUCAGCGUUUUCUGUAAAUCUCUGAAAUUGAUAGUCACUUAAAAAUCUAAGCUAUAAUCAGCAGUCACUCACCUAUCAGUAAGAGAGGUGAAUCUUCCUAUGAGCGCUUUUGACAAACUCAUUUUAUACGGUUCAUUGAUUUUUCACAAAUGAUGUGUCUGUCAAAAGCUCACGUGAAAGGUUUGUGACAUGGUGUAGGCUUCGUGUCACUAGGAGGGUUGCCCUGAGAUUAUUGCACUGCUGCUUGGUGUGGGCUUCUUCCCCAGGUAGUGCUCUCAACCGCUGUCAGUGUUAACUUACUACUGCCAAGUUCUGUGUGCAAGCGUGGGAGAUUUCUGACUCUCUUUCAAAAUACUGAGCUCCAGAAGUCCUAGCUGUGUUGCUUUAACUGAUGUUGCCCUGAUCUCAGAUGUGCUGAAAACUUCUCUUCCUGCCUUGUCAGUGCCUAUUUAUUUUUUUUUUUCUCUCUUACCCUGGGCCAUAUCAAAGAGUAUGUUUGCAGCUGGGUGUCAGAAUAAGGAAUUGCAGCAUUAAAUAAGAAAGUAAAUUGUUGUGUCUGUUCACACAUACUCUCCUUUCACUUGGAUCAGUUUCUGUAGUGUAUGUAUCUCUCUUCCUCAUCUGAGAACUUGAUUGUGAAAGAUCGGUAAGCCCUUCAGUUUCUUCCAGUUCAGUGAGAGCAGAGAGUCUUUGUUCCUUCACUGCCUAUGCAAGCAGUUUUCACUUCACUGCAGCACUUCUGUUGACUCGGCUCUUUGGGAAUCCUAGUGUCGACAGGCCAUUGAUGUUGACUCUAUUUCAUCUUGUGCUUUUUGCACUAGCAUGCCUAUCUUUGUUAGCACUAAAAGAGUUAAGCAUUUUGGCCUUUAUAGUCUCUUUAGUUGGGAUUACCAUUAUUAAUUAAACAAAGAACUAAGAACCAGUUGUUAGCCAAAGUAAGAACUGGGUGAAAGUUAAGUUGCUUUGUUACACUGAUAUGCAGGCUCUGCGCUGCAGGUACUAGUGCAGCUCCUCCGGUUGCACUGUUCCAGAGAUGUGUGUCUCUUUCAGAACUUGAAUUAUACACUGGAAUGGGUAGUUGUUCUACUCUAAAUUCAUAUUGUAAAAUGUACGGGAAUUUACAGGAAAUACCUUGAAACAUAUCCUGAAAAACAGCGAUGGAACUGUGAUUCCUAUUCUUUCCGUUCACCAUUCUCUUAUUUAUUUGCAGUCUGAUCUUAUCAGUAUGGCCAAUGGGCUAAAACUGUAUCCAUCUACUAAAUGAUUGAAACCAGAUCAGUAUGUUCAUCUAAUAAAACAAGGAAUGCAAAUUCUUUUCUGAUUAUUAUUUAGUCUUUUUAUGUAACUGUAUAAUUGCAGUGAAGUCAUUUCCACACCUGAUUCGACACUAGAGCAAGUCAUAAAGUUUCCAUCAAAACACAUCCACAUAUUUUCCAGUCUGCUUUAAUAUUUGCACCCUCCCUGGUGCUCCCCUUUCUAUACAAAAUUCGCUAACUCUGUUUGUGCAUUAUUGGGUAGUAAAUAGCUUGCAUCUUU